AUGCGCGAUCGCAUGGCCGCCGAAACCGACGCGAUCGAGCGCGAGGUCAUCAUCAACGACGACCAAGACGUCAUUGCACUCAAGGAGUAUCUUGACGACAAUGUCGACGCCGUUGACGACGACACAACCGACCGGAUCGCAUCGGUUCCGAGUCUCGAAUACUCGGCUAUCCUCGCCCAAGUGUCUGCCGUCAACAAGACAGUCAAUGCGUACCUUGAUGCAUUCUGCGACAUUGUGUGCCCAGACGACACCAACGACAACGACGAGGUGUGCGAUGGGCCGGAUGUCGCCGACGACGUCGACGAAAUCAUCAACGCGCUUGAGGCUGUCGUUGGGCUAGUGACCGAGCGCGCGUCUGAUGACGACCAAUACGGGCACGUCAAUACAAGCGACGAUCAAGUCGAUGUCCUCCGGUCGCCGCACAUUGGUAGCACGGACGUUGAUAACUAA